GGUCGGCGUUGCAAGCGAAGGUGGUUGUGGCAGCAACAGACAAGCGGGCGCUUCGCCGCUUCCGUCUCACCACGUCCUGCUGGCACAUCCUGCCGACGUUCCAGCCCUGGCCUACUAACUUAUAAUCUCGUAUUUCUGGCGCAAUACACCAUGCUAACAAGGCUGCGACCGAGCCACCUACCCACGCUCCUCUUGACGACACUACUGCUGCUCUGCACGGUACCCAUAUACGCGAUCAAAUUCGAGCUGCAGGCAUACCGAUAUCCACCAGGAAAGUGCAUUUGGAACGCCGCACACUCGGGUGCACUGGUCAUCGUGACCGCCAAUGUAGGCCCUGGAGAUGGACAGCGCGUAGACAUUGAGAUUGUGGACUCUGGGCCGGAGAAGAACGUCUACCUCAGCAAACGUGGAAUCAACGGCGAGGCGCGGUUCGCCAUCACUGCGCAUUCGACGGAAGGGGACGUGGGGGUCUGCUUCAAGAACUACCUCGAUGUCGCUGAGGGCGGCCAGCAACAAAAACGUGUCAUUGACCUGGAUGUCGAUAUCGGUGCGGACGCUGUCGACUACAAUGCAAUUGCCAACCAAGAGUCACUAUCUGCGCUCGAGACAGAGAUGAGGAAACUAGAGGGUAUAGUCAAGGAAGUUGUGGACGAACUGAGCUAUCUCAAGAAACGCGAGGAGAGAUUUCAGUUAACAAACGUAUCAACAAAGAAGCGAGUGCAGAACUUUGCAUGGUUCACACUCGUGGCGCUCAUUUGUUUGGGAGUGUGGCAAAUAUUCCACCUUCGCGCGUUCUUCAAACGCAAAUACCUCAUUGACUGAGGUUUUUGCUUCAUCGUGAUGUCGUAGUGGUUUAAUUGCUAUUUCAUUGGGUACACAUCGCUCACUACCGUUUGAGCCCUGACUGCGUACACUACACCUUGUGGGAUAACGACGUCGCGCUCAGCUUCAUUACUACCCUCCCUUCUCCGCAUCCCGGUCGGGGU